CUUGUCCUCUCUCUGCAAUUUUUUAUGCCUAGAUUUGCAAAACAAGAGCAGCGAUCGCAGAUUCCCCGAAAUCGGGUAGCUAGAUUCAUAUUACCCACACCGCGCCGCUGUCGGUCCACUGCUUCUCUGGCACACACAUUCACACUUUCUCUCCUGAUCCUAUCCGUUAUUCCCGGGCGGAGGGCUGCGGACGGAGUGCAACUACAAGCCAGGUAGGUUCUGCUAGGCCUUUUUGCGUGUGAGCAAUGGGGAGGAGGAGGAGGAGGAGCUCUCGAGUGGGCGUCUCCGCGUUCCUCGCUGCGUUCCUCUUGCUGCAGCUGGGUCUCGCUGCCGCCCAGAAUGCCUCGCCUUGGCUGACCUUGAGUGGUAAUGCCCCUGCAAUAAUAGCUAAAGGAGGCUUUUCUGGAUUGUUUCCUGAUUCCAGUUCGAAUGCCUAUACUUUUGUGUCAUUUUCCAGUUCUAAUGAUACAACUCUAUGGUGUGAUGUGCAAUUGACAAAAGAUGGCAUUGGAAUUUGUGUUCCCGACGUCAAUUUAGACAAUUGCACCGAUAUUGGAUUUGUCUAUCCUCAAAAUAAGACAGCAUAUGUGGUUAAUGGUGUAAACACAACAGGCUGGUUCUCUGUUGACUAUAACAUGAAUGAUUUGUCACCAGUAUCUUUAAAGCAACCAAUCUAUUCUCGAACAUUUAGAUUCGACAGCCUUGCAUUUCCCAUUCUUCCCGUUGAUCUUUUGGGAACACAAAUUAACCACAGUUCACUUUGGUUAAAUGUACAGCACAAUGCUUUCUACAUGCAACACAACUUGAGCAUGAGAAACUUCCUUCUUUCUGAAGUGAGGCGAAUUGUUGUGGACUAUGUGUCCUCUCCAGAGGUGGCUUUCCUCAGUGGUAUAGCACCAAGACUUCGGAGCACCAAGACAAAGCUCAUUUUCCAUUUUCUUGACAAAAGCAUUCUAGAACCAUCUACAAACCAGACAUAUGGUUUGCUGUUGAGCAAUCUCACAUUUAUUAAGACAUUUGCUUCUGGAAUUCUUGUCCCAAAGAAUUAUAUUUGGCCAGUUACAACUGACAAUUAUCUUCUACCUUCCACAUCUAUUGUUAUGGAUGCUCAUAAAGCUGGGUUGGAAAUUUAUGCAGCAGAUUUUGCAAACGAUAACAUUUUGAGCUUCAACUAUAGUUAUGAUCCACUAGCUGAAUAUCUCAGGUUCUUUGAUAAUAGAGUUUUCUCAGUUGAUGGGGUUGUUACUGACUCCCCUAUAACUCCAUCUGAGGCAAUAGGUUGUUUUUCUCAAUUAAACCAAAGCAGUGUUGAUCAUGGAAAACCUUUAAUCAUCUCACAUAAUGGAGCUAGUGGAGACUAUGCAGACUGCACUGACCUGGCUUAUCAAAAAGCAAUUGACGAUGGAGCAGAUGUUAUUGAUUGUCCUGUUCAAGUAACACAAGAUGGUCAUCUAAUAUGCAUGAGUUCUGUAGACCUUUUAGAUGAUACUACAGUCACAAAGUCACAAUUCAGCUCUCAAUUUUCUAAUAUUCCUCAACUUAAGAAUACUCCUGGUAUAUUUACUUUCAAUCUCACAUGGAACCAAAUCCAAAAGAAUUUGAAGCCAAUAAUUUCACAGCCAUUCUCAGCAUAUGGUAUAGUGCGGAAUCCGCGAUACAAAAAUAGUGGAGCUUUCUUGUCAUUAGCUGAUUUUCUAACAUUUGCAAGAGACAAGCCUUUAUCUGGGGUCUUAAUCUUGAUAGAGCAUGCUGCUUUUAUGGCUCAGCGAUUAAGUUUUAGUGUGGUAGAUUCAGUCAUUGCUGCCCUAAAUGAUGCGGGUUAUAACAAGACUACUUUAGAUGUCAUGAUUCAGUCAUCUGACAGUGCUGUUCUAGUGAGAUUCAAGCAGCUAACAAAUUAUAAGCUUGUCUAUCAAAUCGAAAAGUCCAUUCGUCACGCCGUCAAUUCCUCAGUAGCGGACAUCAGGACAUUUGCCAAUGCUGUUGCCCUCGACAAGCAAUCUAUAUAUCCUUCGACCCUGCUGUUCACCACAGGUGAAACUGGUCUGGUUUCUCAGUUUCAGGCUGCAGGCCUCGAUGUGUACGCUUAUGUGCUUUGUAAUGAGUUUGUAUCGCAACCAUGGGACUUCCUCUCAGAUGCAACUGUCGAGAUUAAUGCAUAUGUUGUUGGAGCUGGAGUGGAUGGGAUAAUUACGGACUUCCCAGGGACAGCUCGUCGAUACAAAAGGAAUUCCUGCAGGAACUUGGGAAGUAAUGCACCAAACUACAUGCAACCUAUUCAAGCUGGCCAACUCUUAACGCUAAUGACUCCAAGCUCGUUGCCGCCAGCAUUAUCGCCAAUUCCACCGUUGACAGUGUCUGACGUGGUAGAACCACCUUUGCCUUCUGCUUCAAGAUCUGUGGCUCCUGGUGCAUCACCUUCAUCUCUGAACCCUUCGAGCGGGCAGCGCAACGUAGUAUCAUUGUCUGUUUCCCUGUUGAUGGCCUGUGGGUUUCUGCUUGUCUGAAAAUUUUGUAGAGGCUGACACGGAGAUACUGAUAUGAUCCUUUGGUUCCUCUUUCAAUUCAUUCUAUGUUAGAUUAUCUGAUUUCUGGAUUCAUCAUCUUUCUGCUGUUCAUUCUACUCCACUGUAAUCUAUUGGUGUGAUACAAGACAAGAGGGAGCUAAAGUACUGGUUAGUGGUGUUCUUGUUCUUUCUACUAAAGUUUUUGCUUGUCUAGUGAAGUCAACUCCUAAAUUUAAUUUUGAUCACCUUUAUUGACUUGUACUCUAA